AUGGCCACAGUCUGCUUCAGCACUCGCGGGGGCGCAAGAACUGUUGGGCGCCAUGUGUCUGGAGCGUCCGGGCGGCUCGCCCACUUCAGGGGAUCGCGAUUAGAGGAACCAGGUUCUUCGUCGGAUGCGAGUUUUGCAGACCUGGGUCAACCAGAGGGAGCUGACCUCGCGCUGGUUCAUGGCAUAGAGCCAGGGGACUCCAUUGUCAAGCACCUUUUGACACUGGUAUCGAAGCAAAUCCACCCAGUCGAUCGCCAGGCGGGGGCAUUCAGGACACUGGACAAAGGGCUCUCCGCUACGUUCUGGCCACAGGACGUGACCGUGGAAGUGGUCUCGGUGCGGACGGGAGCGCCACGGCGGCUCCGAAGGGGGCCCGUCUUCGGCAGGGGCGACUUCGGGAUGGUGUUCACGGCUUCCGACGUGGACACCGGAGCAGAGUUCGCCGCAAAAGUUCCUAUUGCUCUCCGCGAGCCUUUCAAGAUGUCACAAGAGGAUGUGAUGGCAGAGGGUCGUUUAACUGAUGCGUUCGCCACGUUUCCAAACAAGGAGACCUUCGCUGUCGCUAUCCCUGGCUCGCGAACGUUGAUCGGAAAUGUUUUCUUCUUGAUGCCGAAGGCCUAUACAGACCUUCAAGAUGUUAUCAACGCAAUGUGUGAUCCUGCCGUACGGGACAGCGACAUCGUGUACCAUGCCCGCCUACAGCUAUCCUAUGAUCUAAUACGGCUGGUGGCCAAUCUCCAACGCCAAGGAGUCGUGCAUGGUGACUUCAGAGAGGCUAAUCUUCUGGUGAUGAAAGACGGGCGUCUGUUUCUGGCUGAUUUUGGCUCAAUGCGCAAGGAAGGGCAAAAAACCCAUCGCGGAGACUCGCUAACCGCACACAUCAAAGAUGAGGUUAUGGAACUCGGAUCGGUGUUAACGAAUCUAUGGGGCAUAGAGUUGGGCUACUUCCUAGCACUCGAGCACAGUCCAAACAAACCGAUGGAAACAUGCGGCCCGCCGCCUCCCCAGUACAUGGUACGCCUGAUAAAAGAAUUUCACAGUAGUUGGCCCGCCAAGCCGCUGCUUCCAGUGGAAGCGCUGGAGACUCCUGGAGCGAAGCAACUCGUAGAAGAGAUAAACAGCUUCCUGCCACUCUAUAAAGAGGAGACGAGAACGUGA